AUGGCAGCAGCGUCGUGGAUUCUCGUUUUAAUUUGUAUGGGUUGUAUUCUCAGCACAUACAGCGUUGAUUUAAGAAAGUUAAACAGAAGACAGAACCGCCGACGGAACGAGUCUGAUUUGUUGAUUCAACAACUUGACGACCUCACAAGGAAAUACUCGGCGCUUGAACAGUCUUUUCAACAGUUGCUUAAGAGCAAUGCGGCUCUACGGGCAACAGUGAUAGGCCAGACCGAACGAGUUGAUCAGUUGCACUCCACGGCUAAACGCCUUCCCAUUAUAGCAACCGAUGUAGAAAACCUCAAAACAAGAGCAGGCAAAAUGGAAGAAAAGGUAAAUGAAAUAAGCGGCGAGCGUUUUUUGCAGUUUCCAAGGAGUUCCGGUGUGGCAUCCAUUGACUCUGUUAAUGGAGACAUAGCAAUUGAAGAUUGGAUAAACAGUGUGAGUAGAGACGACAUUCUGGACCUUAUUAAAAGUUUUGCCAAAAACGAUUUAUUUAUUGAAAAAAGAUUAUCACUAGAGAGUGAAGAAGGAAAAGAAGAAACGCUGGAGGAAGAAACCAUGGCAACUAUUGGCAAGGCGCUCGUGAAACUCGUGACAGAGGAAAAGACAGACAGUACAUCAAAGGGCAACACUGAUGUACGGUAUGAUAUUGUGCAAUCAUCGAGUGAUGACAAUAACCGAACAGAGCAGCAAGUGGUUACAAGCGAACAUCCUCGUCCCAGGGGUAUUUUUCUGAGAGCAAUCGCUGAGCACAUCAGAGAAAGUAGAUCUGCCGUAUACAGAGACGAUACACCAAUGGGCAUUACAAGAAUAACAAGGGGAACAACUAAAAAAUCAAAAGGCAAAAAGGUCGCAUUCUCUCUCAUCCGCACCACACCGUUACUAGGCAACGCAAGUGGUCCUCAAGUAGUCACAUUUGAUCAAGACUUGGUGAGGAAAGGAAAAGGACUGGAUAAAGCUGAAGGUGUUUUCACUUGUGCGACACAGGGAAUUUAUUAUUUUUCGUACAAUAUGCGUACCUACGAUCACAAACAUCUUGGAGUUGCGCUGAUGUUGAACGACGAGCCAGUGGUUGGUAUGACAGCCGACGCCAGCGACCGGAAGGUGAUGCAGUCCCAGAGUGCAAUGCUGUCACUGAAAGUCGGUGAUCAGGUUUGGCUCAUGCUUGGACCUUCAGAGGACUUCGCCCUCUAUGGCAACGAUUUUAAUUACUGCACAUUUAAUGGAAUGCUGUUAUAUCCAGGCAAAUGA